UCUACAUUCUAAAACGACUACGUUUUAGUGAAACUCGUCUUGCCUGCUCUAACAGUCACACUUGCUCCCGUACUUUGUAGGUUCCAAAUCUACCGGUUACACCCUCUCCUCUCUUCCUCGUCUUCACCACUUCCAGAUUUUCUGCAAUCAAAUUUAGCAAUCAUCAUUUCAGCUUAACAUUUGUAGUUCUUCGAUUCAUACAAUCCCAAAACCCUAAUUUCUUCACCGGAACUUAGCUUCAUUUCUUUUCAAAUCAAAAUUCAGAAGAAAACAAAAACUGACAGCAGAAAUUGCAAAGAUAAAUCAUCAGAUUCGAAAAGGAGCUUCAGUUUUCCAGAUUUUAAAUUGGGGGCGGGAAAGAUGAAUUUGAAGCUGAUUCAAUUCAUUUGGAUUGUUAUCUUUGUAGCUCCCUCCGUCGUCAGAUCAAAUUCUCUCUCUUCUAAUUCUCUUAUCGGCAUUUCCCCUGAAGAUGAGAAGUAUUAUAACACAGCGUCAGAAUUCAUAAAAUGCAAAGAUGGAUCCAAGAAAAUUAGUCGGAAUCAGCUUAACGACGAUUACUGUGACUGCGCUGACGGUUCGGACGAACCCGGGACGUCAGCGUGUCCAAAUGGAAGAUUCUACUGCCCCAAUGCAGGGCAUAUCCCUGUUGUAUUAUUUUCUUCAAGAGUCAAUGAUGGUAUUUGUGAUUGCUGUGAUGGAAGUGAUGAGUAUGAUGGUAAAAUUAAGUGCCAAAAUACAUGUUGGGAAGCUGGGAAAGCAGCUAGAGACAAGCUGACGAAGAAGAUUGCAACAUUUCAGGAGGGGGUUACCUUGCGGAAAAAGGAAAUUGGUCUAGGGAUGCUAGCUUUUGCCAAAGAUGAGGCUGAGCUUUCUAAGAUCAAGAGUGAGGAGAAAGUACUGAAGGGCCUGGUUCAACAGCUCAAGGAGCGCAAAGAGCAGAUUGAGAAAGCGGAGGAGAAGGUACGUUUAGAGAAGGAAAAAGAAGAAAAGCUGAACGAGGUGAAAAAUGAAUCUGAUCAGGAGAAAACAGAAGAUGAAGAGAAGGCGGAAAGUGGGAAGGAAAAACAUGAUGAUACUACACAUGACGAUGUCAUAGGCAAUCUUGAUGAUUCCUCAGAGCAGGGAGUUGAAGAAGUGGAUUCCAAAAUUGAGCAUGUCGACGGGGCUCCUUACAAUGAAGCUGAGCCGCCUGCAAAGGAGGACAAUGAAGAGGAUAUUGUUGCAUCUGAAUCGGGAUCUGAGCAUGAAAAGGAGCACGAGACAACUGAGUUGGAAAAUACUGAAGGUUUAUCCAAGGAAGAAUUGGGUCGUCUAGUUGCUUCUCGUUGGACAGGAGGAAAAUCUGACCAUAAGCCUGAAGAAUCUGAUCAUAAGCCUGAAGAAUCUGAUGAUGUGAAAGAUAUUGAUCAUGUGGACGAGAUACCUAAAGAUGUGGAUAAAGAUGUAAACGAGGAAGAUUAUGAUGGCUAUGCUUCAGAAUUUGACGAGAAUGACCACAAAUAUGAUGAAAAUUAUGCAAAUGACCACAAGUACGAUGAAAAUGAUGCUGAUGAACACGUGGAUGAUGAUUUUACGGCAGGGGAUCAUGAGGAUUCUGGGUCAUACAGGUCAGAUUCUGACGACGAAUCAGUAGAGUCAGAUGUAACAGCCUUGGGUAACCCAUCUUGGUUGGAGAAAAUACAAAUUACAGUGAAAAACAUCCUGCAUGCUGUUAAUUUGUUUCAGACUCCAUUGAACAUAUCAGAUGCUGCUCAAGUUCGAAAGGAAUAUGAUGAAUCAAGUGCCAAAUUAUCGAAAAUACAAUCAAGAAUCUCAAGCUUAUCUGAAAAAUUGAAACUUGACUUUGGACCUGAAAAGGAAUUUUAUUCUCUCUAUGAUCGCUGUUUCGAGACUAAGCAGAACAAGUACGUUUACAAGGUCUGUCCAUAUAAAAAGGCUACCCAAGAGGAGGGACACAUGACCACACGUUUGGGGCAGUGGGAAAAAUUUGAGGACUCAUACAAAGUCAUGGUCUUCUCAAGUGGUGAUAAAUGCUGGAAUGGACCCGAUAGGAGUUUGAAGGUCAAACUCAGAUGUGGUUUGAAGAAUGAAGUUACUGAUGUAGAUGAACCAAGCCGCUGCGAGUAUGUUGCUUUAUUAUCGACACCAGGUGUCUGUCGUGAAGAAAAGCUCAAGGAGUUGCAAGAUAAGUUGGAUGCCUUGAACAGACAACCGCCCAAACAUGAUGAGCUAUAGAAUCUGCGAGGAUACCAAGAUAGAUUGGUUAUUGCACUCUGAGAUUGAUACCUUAUGUCCAAGUCUCGUUGGAAGCUAACAAAGUACGUGUGCUGAUGCUUGAUGUUUAUGAGCAGUUUUUGCAGCUAGUAGUUCUAUACAGAUUUAGGCUCUCAGAUGCUUAUAUUGACAAAAGGUCAGGACCAGCUAAUUUUGAUCCUGAUAUUGAUGACAGUGAUAAUUUGGACCAUCGAGCAUAAAUGAAAGAAUCUCACGGCAUAAUUUAUUGUAACAGAGUUUAAAGAUUUGAAAUUAUUGGAAUUAGCCAAUUAAAUCAUCAGAAA